UUGAAAUGAAUGCGGAAGAUGCGGAAUGGGGGCGUGGCCAAGGCUGACUGGGAUCCCAGCAUCCCACACUGUCAGAGCAUGGAGCUGGGGAGACAGGUGCUGUUAUGUAGACGUCACAUUUCUCUGUUAUCUCGAUGGUGUCCUGGAGCUCCCCGCAUUCGGAGGCCAUCUUUGCGAUGUAUCCAUUCACAGACACAAAGUUCCACCCCGCGCCAUGGGCUCCACAGGCUGUUUGUGGGAUCCAUACUUGCUGUACCUUCGCUUGGGGCGGUUGUUUAUUACUGGUCAGAACCACAGGAGAGAAGGAGAAUGAGGAUCCUUCUUCAAAGCAUUGGUCGCUUCUGGAGGUCGCUCCUGAUUGGAUCUCAGAUCUCUGUGGAUUACUGGUGGUCGACUCAUAUCACCCUUCGUGGAGAGAAUGAGAACAGCCCUCGUUAUGAAACCAUCAUGUCUCGGUGUCACCAGCGGGCUGCUGACAGAUUAGUGGAGGGAGCUGUCCUAAACGGAGGCCUGUAUGUAAAAUUGGGUCAAGGACUGUGUGCAUUUAACCACCUGCUGCCCCCUGAAUACACAAAGACCUUGCGUGUACUUGAGGACCAAGCGCUUCGACGCCGUGCCAAUGAGGUGAACGAGAUAUUUGUAGAAGAUUUUGGGGCGCCAGUUGAAUCCCUUUUUUUGGACUUUGACCAGGAGCCAAUAGCAGCUGCUAGUCUAGCCCAGGUGCACCGCGCUACAAUGCAUGAUGGCACUAAGGUGGCUGUAAAGGUUCAGUACAUUGAUCUCCAAGAUAGAUUUGAUGGUGAUAUUCAGACCUUGGAACUGCUUCUUCGCCUCAUUGAGUUCAUGCACCCAACAUUUGGAUUCAGCUGGGUGCUUAAGGACCUGAAAGGAACAUUAUCUCAGGAGCUGGACUUCGAGAAUGAGGGCAGGAAUUCAGAGCGCUGUGCGCAGGACCUGAAAGCUUUGCCCUAUAUACAUGUACCCCGGGUUUACUGGGACCUUACCAGCAAGCGCGUGCUGACUGCUGAUUACUGCGAGGGCUGCAAAGUGAGCAGUGUGGAAGGAAUCAAAAACCAAGGACUGGAUGUUCGAGAUGCAGCUGAAAAACUCAUUCAGGUUUUUGCUGAGCAGAUUUUCUUCACUGGUUUUAUCCAUGCAGAUCCCCAUCCAGGAAAUGUUCUGGUAAAUAAAGGUCGAGAUGGAAAGGCCCAGUUAGUUUUGUUGGACCACGGACUGUACGAAAAUCUGAGUCUGAGGGAUCGUACUUCACUGUGUAAGCUAUGGCGGGCAAUCGUACUUCACAAUCAGCGGGACAUGGAGAAGCAUUCAGCUGAACUUGGAGUCAAAGAUUACUUCCUGUUCUGUGAAAUCCUUCUCCAACGGCCGUUGUCUGUCCCCGGUGCCCUGGGCAAUUCUCUGACACAAGAGGAGACGAGGUACAUGCGGGACAUGGCUAAGGAACACUUUGAUGACAUCAUGAAGGUGCUGCGGGCGCUACCUCGACCCAUGCUGCUCGUCUUCAGAAAUCUUAACACUGUGCGGUGUCUUCAUAUAAGCUUGGGGGCCCCAGCAGACCGGCACAUCAUCAUGGCACGCAGUGCUGUGAAGGGCUGGAGGCGGCUGGCUGAACAAAAAUCAUCUGGGCUGACUCGCUGGGUGUCAGUCACAUGGGAGGGUUUAAAGUUUGAGUUGGCACUAAGGUGGGACAGCUUUGUGCUCAGUGUGACAUCAUGUCUCCUCCGUCUCCUCAUUCGCUUUAAAUUUCUUCCAGAGAACGAGCAGAUCAGACAGUUCCUCCAGUCCUAGCCGUCGCUGGGAUAUUGGUCUUACCACACUGUGAGGCUGCUCAGGUCUUCCAUGCCACAGCAUGUCUGUCCACAUAUUGGACAAUGUGCCACACCGCUGCUCCCUUAAAGAAAGGUUACUUCUGUAGACUAAAAUAAAGAUUUUAUUACUUA